ACCGGAAAUAGUCAUCAUAUUUCUACAUCUAUUUGAAUUCACUAUCCCCCCUCAAAAAAAGUCAGAUAUGGAUAGUCAAAACUUUUACCCGCUUUCUAAAUGAUCCAAGGUAUUAUCACUACAAAACCAAAAAAGGAAGGUAGGCUUCGAACAUUACCCUUCCCCCACUAGGUUGGCAAUCCUGAGAUAAAGAAGGCGUGGAGCGGCCUUCAAGAAUUCAUUCAUCGUCAUCAUGGCUCUGCGACAGACUUCUCUUUUGCGCCUUCGCUCACCCCUGGCUGUGUGUGUGCGAAGCAUGGGAAAGGGCGAGCCAGGUGAUGGGGCUGGCCGUGGUGGAGGAAGUGGUGGCACAAUCAGGGAUGCUGGUGGUGCCUUCGGCAAGCGUGAGGCAGCACAAGAAGAACAGUACUUCAGGAAAUUGGAAGAAGAGCAGAUGAAGAAGCUGAAGGAUUUACAGUCCAGUCAAGGGAAGGAGAAGAAACCAAAAUAGUGAUAGCUUCAAGAUUGAAUGUUUUCAAUCAAGAAUGGAGCAAGAACAGUUGAAAAAGUUAAAAAAGGGCCUUCAAAAGGAAAUCGAGUUCCACAAGGAGCAAGUGGAGGCUCACAAAGAUGCCAUCAAAAGGCACGAGGAACGUCUGAAUGAGCUGAAGUAAAGAGGAUGCUGAAAUUUGGGGAUAUCCAUCUGUAUUGCAACUUGCAUCAUUCUGGGAAGAAGUAAUUACAAGGAGAAAAAAAUGCAUCUAUUUCAGUUUUUGUUUUUUACUGAUUCAAAAAAGAUGCAUUAUUUCAUGGUAAAAAAAAUAUAUAUACAUAUAUAUAUAUAUAAUUGGUAUGAUGUAAAUAUAAUGGCUUUGAUUAUCAAGUUAGUAAAGUAGCAGUGCUUUU